AUGCCACCGCAUGAUAUCGUUGAUUCGGUCAACGACGCGCCUUCAUUAUUUUCUUCAAGGUUGGAUCACUUAAGAAGGCAAGCAGUUCAAGAAUUGGCGACCCCUUCGUUAAGUACACCUGUCAAUUUGACUUUGUGGCCUGAUCUUGCCGGUAUGAGUUCAAACGAGCAACUCCGGAAUUGCAGCAAUGGAUCAAACAUUAGGCCUGACAGUCAUGAUUUGCCCUUUUCUGUUAGAGACGAGGAUAAUGUUUCGAUGGCCAAGGGACAAUUGCACGCAAUGGUUAGGAGCCAUUUGAAAGCCUUUUCAAACAGUAUCGAUUUAGACAACGGUACUCUUAAGGUCAUAGCAACGAGUUCCAUGCAUACCAUACUGGCUGCUUGUAGGCUUGAGCAUAUAGGAGUAGCGAGGCUCAAACCGUGCCUCCAUCGUCAAAUUGUGUGCACAUUGAAAGAGUGGCAGCUGGACAAGCGAGCUUAAUGAAAGGUUGUUGCUUAACUUGUUUCGAUUAUUUUGUAAAAGAUGUAGUGAAGAGGAUCAUGGAUGCUAGAUCACAACGGUGGUUAAGUUUAGGUCUUUAGACCUUCGAUGUGGUAAAUGUAUCUCUCUGCGUAUUUUUAGCUUUUCAAGUAGGAUUUAGAAGCAGAUUUAAAACACCAACAUUUUUUCAGUUGAUUUAUACUUACAAUUCACUGACAUGGAGCCCAAAAUGUGCUAUUUUCUCAUUUGAUCACCAUAAUAGAUUGUUUAGCAGGGCAAGGUCAUUUUU